GCCAAGCAGGGCGCAACAGCAGCGGCGGCGGCGGCGGCUGCAACGGCAGCGGGGCGGCUCCCGCUCCGGCCGCGGCUCCGCCCCGGAGGCCGGCGGGGGUGUCGGCUGGCUGGCUGGCUCGCACGCUGGCUGGCUGGCUGGCGGGGAACAUCAUGGCUGAAGUCGGCGAGGACGGGCGCGGCGGCGGGGCCGGAGCCUUGGUGGCGCUGCGCUCGGCGCCCUGCAGCCCCGCCGCGCCCCAGCCGCUGCCUCCGCCGUUGCUGCUGCCGCUCGUCCCCGCGGCGGCGGCUGCUGCCGCUGCUGCUGCUGCUUCUUCCUCCUCCUCCUCUUCCUCCGGCGGGGCGCCGCUGGCUCGGCUGCAGGGCCGCGACUUCGAGUUCCUGAUGCGCCAGGCGGCGGUCAGCAUCGGGCGCAACUCCUCGCAGGGCGCGGUGGACGUGCACAUGGGCCACUCCAGCUUCAUCUCCCGCCGCCACCUGGAGCUGGCCUUCCGCGCCCCCCACUUCUUCCUCCGCUGCCUCGGCAAGAACGGCGUCUUCGUCGACGGAGCCUUCCAGCGGCGGGGAGGGCCGCCCCUCCAGCUGCCCCCGCAGUGUGUUAUCCGGUUUCCCAGCACGGUCAUCAAAAUCCAGUUCACGUCCCUCUACCAUAGAGAGGAGGCGAGAGAGGACACGGCAUCUCCUCCACUCCGGCCACUCUACCCGCAGAUCUCGCCGCUUAAGAUCCACAUUCCGGAGCCAGAUCUGCAGAAUAUGGUCAGCCCCCUCCCUUCUCCCACUGGCACCAUCAGUGUCCCUAAUUCCUGCCCGGCUAGUCCUCGAGGUGCUGGUUCCUCAGGUUAUCGCUUUACCCACAACGUUACCUCUGACCUCCAACUGGCUGCCGAAUACGCAGCAAAAGCUACUUUGGAGCAGCAGACGGACGCCUCCGGUGGAGACAGCCCAAAGGAUGAGUCCAAGCCACCGUAUUCCUACGCCCAGCUCAUUGUUCAAGCUAUCUCGUCAGCUCAGGACAAGCAACUAACACUAAGUGGCAUCUAUGCUCACAUUACGAAGCAUUAUCCGUAUUACAGGACAGCGGAUAAAGGUUGGCAGAAUUCCAUUCGGCACAACCUGUCCUUGAACCGAUACUUUAUUAAAGUCCCCCGUUCCCAAGAAGAGCCGGGAAAAGGCUCUUUUUGGCGGAUAGACCCUCCCUCGGAAGGCAAGCUAGUGGAGCAGGCAUUCCGAAAACGGAGGCAGAGGGGGGUGUCCUGCUUCCGAACCCCGUUUGGACCUCUCUCUUCCCGGAGCGCGCCCGCCUCCCCUACUCAUCCCGGCCUGCUUUCUCCCCACACGAGUGGCCUACAGACUCCAGAGUGUGUGUCAAGAGAAGGGUCUCCGAUUCCUCAUGACCACGACUUUGGUUCCAAGCUUGCUUCUGUCCCCGAGUAUCGAUAUUCACAAAGUGCUCCUGGAUCCCCCGUAAGUGCCCAGCCGGUGAUCAUGGCUGUUCCUCCCAGGCCUUCUGCGCUGGUGGCCAAACCAGUCGCUUACCUGCCCGCCUCCAUCAUGACCUCUCAGCAGCCUUCGGGUCAUGCAGUUCACGUGGUUCAGCAGGCCCCCACUGUUACAAUGGUCCGAGUUGUGACAACUUCGGCAAACUCAGCAAAUGGCUACAUCUUGACCAACCAGGGCCCAGCAGGGAGCACCCAUGACGCAGCAGGGGCCGUCCUGGACUUGGCUGGGUUGGAUGAGAAGCCCACCAUCGCCUUUGCUGCCAUACCGACUGCCAGUCGUGUCAUCCAGACAGUGGCCAGCCAAAUGGGUCAGGGCAUCCCCGGACAGACGGUCACCAUCCUGCAGCCGGCCACUCCCAUGGCCCUCGGACAGCACCAGUUACCUGUCCGCACGGUGACCCAAAACGGAAAGCAUGCCAUUCCCACAAACAGCUUAAGCAGUGGGACUUACGCCCUCUCCAACCCCUUGCAAGUACUGGCAGCUCAAGCUAGUUCCUCCACCCCCGUGGUCAUCAGCCAGACAAGAGAAGCUGGGGUGAAAGAUCCCGAUGAGCUUUUGAGAGAACCCGAUAUCAAACGACCCCGAAUCGAAGACCCCAGAGUGGUUGCGGCUUUGCAAACGGGUGUCAUCACCUCCACAGCCCCUUCGGGACAAUCCGCUGGAGAAUGAGGCCACGAGAAGUUCAGAAAGGCACCCGAGGCGCCAAGGGAGAAAAAUCUCUCUUUUUUUUUUCCCCCACCCCUAGCAGAAAUCUUUUCUUUCUGCAGCUAUUAACACCUGGAUCAUUUCAGUGGUUGUUGAUUUUUUUUUUCUCCCUUGUUUUUUUUUUUUUAAUCUCCUUUUGAACAUUUGGAAGGACGGGCCAGCGUUUGUCAAGAUUGUCAAGGUGCCAAAUGAAUUGGGCAAAAAAUUUCCAUCUUUCUGGACCCAAGGAAUGAAUUUCCGCCUGUUUUUCACUUCAGAGAUAUCCUCUUUCUUUCUUUCUUUCUUUCUUUCUUUUUCUUUCUUUCUUUCUUUCUUUCUUUCGAAAUUUAAAAAAAGAGACACAGACCAUUUUGAUUGUUUGGGAUAUUUCUCUAUCCCUCCUCGCCUUUCUUAAUUUUCAUCCCUUCCCUGUUUUUUCCUUUUACGCAUGGUAGUUUAUGUGCGAGCGUACUAAAAAUGCAGGACAGAGGCACGAACUUCAAGAUGGGGACGUCUGACCUCAAAAACAGGUUUAUUAAUUUUCUUUUCCCCCCCCACUCUCCGAGGAAGAGAAGCGCACCCCUUUUGUAUCUCAGAACUCCAACUUAUGAAAAAUUAUUUGCAGAAAAAAAAAAGAAAAAGAAAGAAAAAAUUACUUGCAAAGCAAUAUCAUACUUCGGUAACUGCCACCUAAAACGGCAGAUAUGAGUUUUGUGUUUCCUUUCUAUUGCCUACCUGCAAACUAAUUCACCUUCUGACGAUGGGGAGUCACGCCCCUAUCCAAAAUCUCGAUCCCAGAGCACAGUAAAAUUAGUUUAUCCCAGUUAGAUGGCUUCCCAAUGAAUUCGAAGCCUAAACUUCCCAGAAUUCUUAGCCUACUGGACAGAUGGGGGGUGGGAGUCUGGGAAUCGCAGUCACAGCCUACCUCACUGGGAUGGCUGACCUAUACAGCACUUGGCCACACAGGUGCCUUUUUGGAGAAAGAGAUAAAAGGUUAUUUCAAUCAUGGUCUGUUGAAUGAAAACAGCCAAUUGUGAUUAAAAAAAAGGUCCGAAAUUUGUGGAUCUUUACAAGAAUUGUCACGCCUGCAGGCUUGUAAGACAACCACGUGGGUUCCUUAAUUUCAUUCCUGUUGAUUUUUGACAGAGAAGGAAUAGAAUUAUUUUUUUUAACAUUUUUAACCUUUAAGGACAGUUCCCCGGAGCACUCUUGUUAUGUUACGGUCCGAGCGUUGGACUUUCGCCUAGAGAGACCAGGUUUAAAAAGCAUGAAACUCCCUGGGUAAACCUUGGACCAGCCGUUGUUUUGUUUCAGCCUAAACCUACCUCACAGGGUUGUUGUGAGGACAAAGGGGAGGGGUGAGGAGAGCUAUGUAUGCCACCUUGAGCUUGGAGGAAAGGCAGAAUAAAAAAAAAACCGUAAUAAAUCAGUAACCAUCAA